AACCGUUUUUAAACUGUAACCGUUAUACUGUUUGUUUACAUCUGUUCUCACUGUUGCAGACAAUAUAAUUUUCUAAUUUUUUUAAUUUAAUUAACGAUUUUAAAUUUCUUUAACUGAUUUAAAAACAGAUCCAACAUGCCUGAAAAGAGAAGUGCAACCGAUGGUGUUAUGGUGCCUUUUAAAAAGCCAAGAACCGACGUAAUUCCUGGAAUCAAUGAUGGUCCUGAGCCUGCGGGGCCUCACAGAUCAUCAAAUCUUCUUGCUCCAAUUAUGCUUCUUACGGGUCACCAAGGAGAAAUAUUUUGUGGUGCAUUUCAUCCAGAGGGGAAUUUUUUAGCUUCAGGAGGCUUUGAAAGAGAUAUAUUUUUUUGGAACGUGUAUGGUGAAUGUGAUAAUGUUGCUGUAUUGCCAGGACAUACAGGAGCUGUUUUGGAUCUGAAAUUUUCUACAGAUGGCAGUUUUCUAUUUUCUGCAUCCACUGAUAAGACGGUCAGUAUUUGGGAUGCUGAAGUCGGAGUACGUAUUAAGAAGCUUAAAAGUCACACUUCUUAUGUAAACAGUUGCAGCCCAGCACGCAGAGGACCACAACUUAUUUGUAGUGCAAGUGAUGACUGUACUGUUAAAGUGUGGGAUGCAAGAAAAAGAGGGACAUUGCAUUCUUUUCAAGAUACUUAUCAAGUUACAGCUGUAACUUUCAAUGAUACUGCUGAACAAGUUAUAUCUGGUGGUAUAGAUAAUGUAAUAAAGGUCUGGGAUAUGAGAAAAACAGGUGUUUUAUAUAAAAUGAUGGGCCAUACUGAUACAAUUACAGGCUUAGCAUUAAGUCCCGAUGGUUCAUACAUUUUGUCUAACUCAAUGGACAAUACUUUGAGAAUAUGGGAUAUUCGACCAUUUGCUCCUCAAGAAAGGUGUGUUAAAAUAUUCCACGGUCAUCAGCACAACUUUGAAAAAAAUCUUUUGAAAUGCAGUUGGUCCCAAGAUGGCCACAAAAUCACUGCUGGCUCGGCUGAUCGCUUUGUCUAUGUAUGGGAUACAGUUACAAGAAGAAUACUUUAUAAACUUCCGGGGCAUAACGGAUCAGUAAACGAAGUUAAUUUCCAUCCUAAAGAACCAAUAAUUAUGUCUUGUUCUAGUGAUAAACAAAUUUAUUUGGGAGAGAUUGAGGGAAGCUGAAGUCUUUGUCUUAUCGUAUUUCACAUUUGUAAAUAAUCAUUGUUGUAUUGUAAUGCUUUUGUCAAUUCUCUGAAAAUAAAAUAUUGAAAUUUUCAUAAA